AUGGGAAGACAUAGAGGUGGAGCUCGUAGUGGGUCUCGUGGAGGAGCUCGUGGCGGUGCACGCGGAAGAGGCCGCGGUAGAGGAAGAGGAGGGUCUAGCAGAGGAGGAUUUGCCAGGAGUAGGGGCAACUACGGUGGCCAAUACCCUGAGUUGAUGGAUUUUGAUGAUAACAUAUUCAUUCCCGGAGGCGGAAGAGUAGAUCCACGCAGUUUUGAGAGAAAGCACAUGGGACUUGGUUCGGAACUGGUGUACACACAGGAUCACGAGGAACUCAGCAUGAGGGGUCCUAUACGAAAGAGGCCUCCUAUCACUUUUGUGCUAGCAAAAGAAGUUUAUGAUCCGUCAAAGUUAGUGAAGGAGUUUGUUUCUAUGAAAAUUCAUCAAGUUGCAAAGACUGAUGAGAACAUUGAAGAUUUUACCGACAUAUCCAAGGACCUGGAUGCUGUUCUUUAUGAUUCUGAGAGUGAGUCAGAGGAGUCUUUGUACGAGGAAGAGGAAGAAGAGGCAGAUGAGAGUGAAAAAGGUUUUGAAAGCGAUCCAGGUGAUUUGGGCGACUCAGGUGUUGAUAUGGUUGUUGGUUCUGGCGGCGAAGGAUUCGAAGAAGUCGCUACAGUUGAGGACUCUUCCAACACCAAUCUUGCGAGUCUUGAUUCUUUGGACUCAAAUCAUACCUCAGACUCGGAUUCCGCUUCCGAAACGAUCCCCUUUGAAAUAGAUACCCAAGGAGACCCAGACCAUUCUCAGAACAGAAAACCAGUUUCUGAGAUGAAACUGCCUUCCAAUGAACCACCAAAGCUCAUGAAUAUACCCACGCCCGUUGUUGUUAAAAGGGAAAGAGAUACAGAAAAACGCUCGAUAAGAGUAGGUGGAGUUGACUUCUCUCUUCAAACUGACCUUGGAGAAACAUACAUUGAGCUUCCAGCCAAGAGCAAAGCGAGCUUCAGGUUUGCAAAGGAGCCCAAAGCCAUUGAGUUUUUGGACGAGGAUGAGGACUUUGAUGAAGAUGUUGAUGACGAUAUUGACGACGAGUUCCACUACUACAAAGAGAACAUACCACAAGACCAAGACAUGGAUUCUGCGUCUGAAACUGACUCGGAACCUGCCUAUGGUUUGCUUCCUGAGGACUUUAUAGACUUUGAUCUCACCAGUGUCAAGGUGGAGAACAUCAGAGAAUCGCCGGUUGGGAACAGAUAUUUCGUUCAAAGUGGACCGUUAUUCGGGGACUUGGACUUCAGAUGGGUUGACCAUUGGGAUCUAUCUGAUCUGCUCAUAGAGAAAGGAUUCAAUGAGACGAGAUUCGGGGCUUUCAUCAAGCAUUUGACCAAAGAACUGACUCAGUCUGAUCCCGAGCCUGAAUAUGAUUACCCGUUCUCAGACACUUCAGAGGACGAUGAAAGCGAAGAUGACGAAGGUCUUCAGGACCUCGUGAAUUUCAACUUCAACAGAGCUGUUCAUCAUGAACUGGACUCCAACGAGCCUCUCAAGACUCGCGGAAAGGGUAAAAAGAAGAGGCUGGAUACCUCUAUGUUGGACUUAGAUCCAAGCAUGAUCCAGAGUCUGGAAGCUUCCUUCGAAGCUCGCAAUCGUUCGAAGAUCGGAAAGAAGAAAAACAAAAAGAGCACCAGUAUGUACGAUCUCAGCAUUUUAUACCCCACCGCGAUCACUAUCGAGGAAAUCCUCGAGGAAAUCGACCUGUUCUUCAAUGACGACGAAAGGCAGACUCUUGAAUUCCCUCCAUUCAACAACCACGCACAGAAAAUGAUCACGUGGAUUGCGAAUGAAUACCACCUCAAGACCAGAAUCUUUGGGCAGGGGCUCUCUAAAUAUGCUGUGCUGAUAAAGAAGGCCAAAACCUACAACUCAGAACCAGACUAUGAUGCUGCCAGAAGCUAUCUCCAAAAGCGUGUGACAUUCUUCAGAUCGGAGCUCGUUUCGAAAGGCUCGAGGAAUGGCACCAGUACCAGCACCAAGAACAAAUCCUCCAAACUCAGACUCCAAGAGGGUGAGGUGGUUGGAGAUGGAGCUCCGGCCAUUGGUCAGGAGAAUAUCGGUAGACGGUUGUUGGAGAAGUUGGGUUGGACUCAAGGUUCGGGUCUGGGAGUGGAAAAUAUGGGAAUCAGCGAGCCUAUACUUGCCAAGAUGAAAAAUUCAAAAUCCGGAUUGAGGUAG